CCUCUGGAGCUGGACCGGGACAAGAGAGCAGGCGGGCAGCUCUUCUGCGGGUUUUCCUGCUGUGGAUAUGAGGACAUAAUCGACAAAGGAAAAGCGACCUACGAAGUGAAAAAGUUGUCUGAAAGAGUUCGGACAGGUGAAGAGGAAGAUGCUGGGGUUAAAGGUCGUCGUGCUCUGUCUUCUGUCUGGAGCCCUGACUCACGGCCAGACAACAUGCAGGAAGAAGAAUGAGUGUCCCAUAGACAUAUUCUUCACAAUCGACACAUCAGAGACCAUCGCCCUGCAGGAGCCUCCACCUGGAUCUCUGGUGGACUCCAUCAAGGAAUUUGUAAAGAAGUUUGUGAAGCGUUUGGAGGCUGCUGAGUACAGAGGAGCUGUGAUGAUCAACUGGAACGUAGGAGGGCUUCACUUCUCUCAGACACAAGUGGAGAUCAGUAGCAUCGGAACUAAGGAGAAUUUCUUAAGUAAUGUGGAAACAAAACUUGGUAGAGACAAGUAUCUGGGUAAGGGCACCUACAUUGACUGUGCCCUCACCAACAUGACCCAGAUGAUGAUGCGCUCACCAACAUCGCCCCCAGUCGUCCGGUUCGCAGUGGUCAUCACUGACGGCCAUGUGACUGGAAACCCGUGCGGAGGCAUCAAAGUGGCAGCAGAGAAGGCUCGAGACGAGGGCAUUCGGCUGUUUGCUGUUGCGGCAACAAAAAGCUUAGAGGAGACAGGGAUGAAGGAGAUCGCCAAUUCUCCUGCAUCGGUCUACAGAGAUGAGUUCUUAGCUGUGGAUCUGACUGGGGGCAGAGCCGUCAUCCAGGAUAGAACCAUUGACCGCAUCAUCAAGACCAUGCAACAUGUGGCAUAUGAAGAGUGUUACAGUGAAUCCUGUCUGGAGACAGAAGGGCCCCCUGGUCCUCAAGGCCACAGAGGACAAAAAGGAGCUAAAGGAGACAACGGAGAUCCAGGUCUGAAAGGAGACAGAGGUGGUCCAGGAGACCCUGGUAUUGAGGGUCCCAUCGGUCAGCCUGGUGUCAAGGGAGCGCCAGGUUACUUGGGCGACAAGGGAGAGAUUGGAACUCAGGGGAAAAAGGGUGUAGGAGGUAUCCCAGGACGCAAUGGGACAGAUGGACAGAAGGGUAAAAUUGGACGGAUUGGUGCUCCUGGCUGCAAAGGAGACCCAGGCGACAGAGGUUCUGAUGGUCAUCCUGGAGAGGUCGGUGAACGAGGAUCCCCUGGAACUGACGGAGAUAAGGGUGAUGCUGGUCGUCCUGGAAGAUCUGGUCCUCCCGGCCUGUCUGGAGUAGAUGGACCAAAGGGAGAGAGAGGAAGUCCCGGGGCACCUGGCACCCCUGGAACGAAAGGAAACCCAGGAACCCCAGGAACUGCAGGAUUAAGAGGAGCACCAGGAAGGAGAGGAGACUACGGGCCAAAGGGUAGUCAGGGGUCACCAGGAACAAAGGGAGACAGGGGUGAGAAUGGGCCGGAGGGCCCGAGAGGGUUUCCAGGUGAAGAAGGAAGCAAAGGAACAAAGGGAGACAACGGUCUUCCUGGUCCCAGGGGACAACCAGGCGGUCCAGGAGAGCCAGGGAGAAAUGGGACCAGAGGAGACCCUGGUGAUGCAGGACCAAGAGGAGCACCUGGAACAGCUGGACCAAAAGGAGACAACGGCAGACCUGGCUUUAGCUACCCUGGACCUAGAGGACCAUCAGGUGAAAGAGGAGAGAAGGGAAACCGUGGACCUCGUGGUAGCAGGGGAGACUGUGGUCAUAAGGGUGAUCCUGGAAACAAAGGAACUCCAGGAAUUUCAGGCGAACCAGGACCUGAUGGUGAACCUGGCCAAAGAGGAGUAAGAGGAGAAUUAGGACGUGAUGGAGACCCUGGCCCUUCAGGAGAUCCCGGCCUCACUGAAUGUGAUGUCAUGAACUACAUCAGGGAAACUUGUGGCUGCUGUGAUUGUGAGAAACGCUGUGGAGCCCUGGACAUCGUGUUUGUGAUUGACAGCUCAGAGUCAGUGGGUCUGACCAACUUCACCCUGGAGAAGAACUUUGUCAUCAACACAAUCAACAGACUGGGAUCUCUUGCGAAAGACUCACAGGCAGAUUCAGGCACAAGAGUUGGAGUUGUUCAGUACAGUCACAGCGGAACCUUCCAGGCCAUCCGGCUUGAUGACCCAAAGAUUGAUUCACUGUCUGCUUUCAAGGAUGCAGUGAAGCGUUUGGAGUGGAUCGCUGGAGGAACGUGGACUCCAUCUGCUCUGAAGUUCGCCUAUGACAACCUGAUCAGAGACAGCCGCAGAGAGAAAGCCAACGUCACCGUGGUCGUCAUCACUGAUGGACGCUUUGACCCCAGAGAUGAUGACUCACUGCUCAACUACCUCUGCAGUGAUCCCAGUGUUGAUGUGAGUGCCAUUGGUAUCGGGGACAUGUUCGACCAGAUCGAGGAGAAUGAGAGCCUGAAGAGCAUCUCCUGUCAGAGGGACAACAGAGUGAUGGGCAUGAGGCGCUUCUCAGACCUGGUGGCCGAGGAGUUCAUUGACAAGAUUGAACAUGUCCUCUGCCCAGAUCCUGUCAUCGUUUGCCCUGACCUCCCAUGUAAAUCAGAGCCUGCCUUGGCUAGCUGUGUUCAGCGGCCUGUUGAUGUGGUGUUCAUGCUGGAUGGUUCUGAGAGGAUGGGACUGGAGAACCAUCGCAGGGCCAAAGAGUUCAUUGAGAACGUGGCUAACCGUCUCAUUUUGGCCAAAAGUAGUACAGACGACAGGAAUGCCCGCUUUGCUCUACUGCAGUACGGCAGCCCUGCAGAACAGAGGGUGGAGUUCGCGCUAACACACAAUAUCACGGUGAUAUCAGAUUCACUGGCAGGGGUCACCUAUAUGGACUCCUCUUCUGCUCUUGGCAGUGCCAUAAUCCAUGCUGUCAACAAUCUGGUGAUUCCACAGCGGGGAGACCGCUUGGCUCGGCGUAACGCUGAGCUGGCCUUCGUGUUCAUCACUGAUGGCAUCACGUCCAGCGAGCAGCUGGAGGAAGGCGUGUCAGCCAUGAGGCGAGCAGAAGGCGUUCCCACAGUCAUCGCCAUUGGAUCAGACACAGAUGAAGAGGUGCUGCGGAGGGUGUCGCUAGGGGACACGUCAGCCAUCUUUAGAGGAGUUGAUUACAACAUGCUGAACAAGCCAUCGUUCUUUGAGCGCUUUGUCCGCUGGAUAUGCUAGUCUGGAACUGUAACGCACUACACACCAUAGAGUUAGAAUCCACAGAAUGAAAGAAGGGCCAGCUCCUUCACCGUACACAUAAACACACACAGAGGCAACAGCAAACCUCUGUAGUCAUCAUCAUCAUUUAUGGAUAUAAGGCAGUGAGGCGGCUACAUAUCCAGCUGAUAAGGAUUAAAAGUUAUUAAGACAAGUUUACACAAUCCAAUGUUUUAAAGGCAAACACACAAGCUAUUACACUCAAACACAUAGGCAUGAAACAACGUUCAUUACUUGAUUGUUUUAUUUCUUCUAAAUUUAUGGUCAGCAUUUCCAACCAAAGACAUUCACAAUAAUGCAAGAGGAAAGGUGUUUUAUUAUUGAAUGUGUACCAAAAAAAAGUGUAGGCUCUAUUUUGUUUUGAUGUUUUAUUGAUUUAAAGUUUGCAAAAAAGUUUUUCUCUCUCUGUCUUCACAAACCAUGAUUUACAGAAAAGGUGCUAAAGUAAAAAUAAAGGACAAAGCCAUGUGAGUGGUUCUGAUGACUUUCUUACAUCAUGUUAUGCUGUAAUUACUGUAGGUUGUUCAGGGGAUGAAUACAUUACACAUGUUCUCCAGGGGGGAAAAAAUGUUGCACAUAGAUAUUAUAAAUGUCCCACAGUCAGCCACAUAAGAACAUACAAACACAAACAUGUGAUUAAAACGUAGUUAAUUACAAAUAUACUGACUAACAUUAAAGAGACACAUUUGUGAACAUGAAGUCCAAAUAAAGCCUAAUUUUGUGACCCCUA